UGCAAUUGGUCUGCCCUUCAGCGAAUUACAAACUAUGGACAUCUCAACGAAACCGGUAUUUUCGUUCUCGUUGAACUACAAAGUGUUUGAGAAGUUGGUAACAUGCGGAAAGUACGACGGAAUUCACUCCUGCCUGACCAUGGUCACCACUGCGGAUAAGAUUCUAAUACACACGCCGCACAAGAGAUAUGGGCUUCAAAACUCGAAACUUUCGAUUUCGGAAAUUAAAAACGAUAUCGCCCUGCUGAACAUGAACUUUCCUAUACGGGCGAUCGUGGCCGGACGAUUGAAGAAGGACGACGAACGAGACAUUCUGGUGAUUGGAAGUCCUUCGCAUGUGUUAGCAUACCAUGUCGAUGAAAACUGCAACAUGUUUCAGAGAGAUUUCCAUGAAGGUGUCCGCUCCGCCGUGAUAGGAUCUUAUGGAAACAUCUCAGGCAAUACGUUGGUAGUCGGGGGUAACGCUGUAGUACGUGGCUACAACCAAGAUGGUACCGAAGUGCUGUGGCUGAUAACGUCCGGCAGUGUGAUCGCAUUAUUGCUAAUCGAUAUUGAUAAGGAUGGCCAGAACGAGCUAAUUAUCGGUACCGAUGAUGGAUGUAUACGGAUCUACAAGAAGGAAACACUGCUUCAUGAGUUCACCGAGGGUAAUGAGAUCCAGCAUCUGGUUACCCUUCGAACCGGACAGUUUAUGUACAGUGUGAAAAACGGCACGAUCGGUGUGUUCGAGGAAAAUCUUCGGUUGUGGCGUAUCAAGUCGAAAACUCGCGCUACCGCCAUGGCCACGUACGACAUUUUGGGCUGCGAAACACGCCAGAUGAUAAUCGGUUGGAAGAGCGGCAAGAUUGAUGUGCGCGAUCCGCGAAACGGUGACGUGUGGUUUAAGAUGAAAAUGAACGAUUUUGUUUGUGGGAUCGCAUGCAAUGACUACCGAGGGAUAGGAACGCUCGAUCUUGUCGUCGUUACGGCCGACGGAGAAAUCCGAGGCUACACGACACCCAGCGUAAAUAUGCUCACGCUUCACAACAUUGCCGACGAGGAGAUGAGCAGCUUGCUCACGCAAAAGCAAAAACUGCUGCUCGAGUUAAAGCACUACGAGAACAACAUCAAGUACAACAAGGAGAUACUGUCCAGCACCAACGAGAGCAAUCUGGUGCAGAGCAUACCAGACAACGUGGGCAUCAUUCCGUCCAACACGCGGCUUCAGAUCGGCAUCUCUACCAGCUACGACAACAACGACAUGAACAUCGACAUCACCGUAUCGACAAACAACUCCACCACCAUCCGGGCGGUGCUAAUCUUUGCCGACCAGCUGUUCAAGGAGGAAACGCUGAUAGCGCAUCUGACGAAAGACGUCUCACGGAUACUGAUCCCCCUGAAGACGGUCAAGGAUAACGCACAGGACAUUCACAUCAAGGCAUUCGUUGGGUACCCGAGCAGCGUGCAGUUUCAUGUCUUUGAACUAACACGCCAGCUACCCAAGUUUGCGAUGUACACCAUUCCGCAUAGUCUAACCGGGUCGCCGAAGAGUAUUUCCUACAUAAACACCCUUCCAGCCAAGGAUGGCCCGGGGGAUUGUUACGUCGAGUUUCGAAUCACGGAGCGUCUGAAGCGCAUAUGCAUCUGGGUCAAUCAGAAUUUCCUGCUGCCUUCCGACAUCGAGUACAUGACAUCAGACACUGACGCCACAGAGCUGAAGCUGAACCUGAUCAGCUUGCGUACGGCCAAAAGCGUGUGCCUACACUUCAGCUACGACGGGAGGACGCGCUUCUACACCGAGGACAUCGGUCUGGCCGGUGACCUCGUGCAGUCGUUGGUGCAGUUUCUCAAUAUAGAAAACAUGGACUCUACCGCGUGCUUUCCGGUCAUUCACGACGAAGUGAAGGAACUGUUUCACAAGCUGCAGGGCCUGCAGGACACGGAAAAGCAAAUCAACUCGGAGAUCGUGGACAACGUUAACCAGAUCAAAAGCCAUCUCAUACGGGCGGAGGACGCCCGAUACUACAACGGCGAAGACGUCAUCAAGUACCACAACGAGAUGAUGGCCACGAACGAGGACCUGGUGAAGAACUACAAAAUCCGACUGGCUAACACGAACGAAAUACAGCUGGCACUGAAGCGUAUCCACGGUAUCCUCUACAAUGCGUCGAGGUUAAGAGCCGGAACAUUCGCGUCGACCAUGAUCAGCAGGUUCAAGGAAGCACUUAAGACGAAUAACAUUGAGGCCGUACUUAAAAUCAUCGAGAUGGGAGAGAUGUAAAGUAGUGCAGCCUCCUCUCCACGUCCUACCGUCGAACAACAAACGGUAAUUGAAUGAAAUUGAUCAUCGAGUCACGACCGAUCAAGCCGAGCAUAUGGCGCUCGCGAUUUUUGGCUGCUCCCGAUAGACGACCGAUUUGAUGUAGCAGACAGUUAAAAUGUAUGUGCACUUCGCUUUUCUCCUUCUAUUAGAAAACAUUUGUCUUUCGCCUAAACAUGUAACACACGAUCACUGCACCGGCUCGUUAGGCUCUGGAACUCCAUCCGCCCACACACCGCAAGAAGGCACCCGGCGGUCCAUGGCCGGACGACUUCCUGUGACCCGGGGAAGUCUUUACUCACGACACCUCCCCACGCCAGCUGGCUUUACCAACCUACGCCCGCAAAUGGAAGCGGUUUCACACACACUUCCAAUAAAUCAAUGGCGUCGCCUUACCGGGUUUUGUAAACUAUGGACGUGGUCUGGGCAAAAAGGCGCACACCAGGACAGUCGAUCGUCUGUUAAUCAUUAGUCGAACUGCACCAGUUCCAGUACAACCUACGUGAUCGCCGAUCACGCAGUGAUGACUUCAUGCCGGGGUGCAGUGGAAGUUGCACGUAGUAAUGGGAGCACUUGACGCGAUUGUAAAAACGGUACUGGCUAUCACCCACGGUUUGUACAGCAACUCGAUCGAUUUGAUGAAUGUUGCAAACGGACAUGCACUUUUGUUCGUGCUUGCAAUAAGUUGGAAUUUAAUUGUCUUUUCUCCAACUGAAAGUUUGUUUUUACUUUCUUUAGGGGAAAAGAAACCUUUCUUCGCACUCUCCAGCAUUCAAAAACCGUUGACUGGAGUCGUCAGCAGAAAUCUGUCGGCCACGUCGCUGCUUUAAGCCCUGCUCUUUUCAAUACCAAAACCGACUGGGGACGGCUUUCCGUUUGGCGCAAAUAAUGCUAAAAAAAAGGCAUGGAAAAAACUGGUUUCGCUGCAAUAAAAGUUACCGGAUUUUGGUCGGUGUGGGACUAUAAAAAUAACAAAACCGAAAGGAACGAGCAAAAAGCUGAUGGUUUAAAGCACAGGGUGGCCUCUUCGGUCCCGCCGGUCGUACAAGUUAACCGAUCGGGUGGGGUGCGGGCAAGAUCGCGCGGUUCUGGGGCCCCAUGGCCCGAACGAGCAAACCUGUGUGAUGAACAAACUUCCAGUAGCUCCAUGGGACAGAGUCUCAUCGUUUCGUUACUCGAUGACGACGACGGCGAUGGCCCGGAGGCCGUCCCGAGACGACGUUCGCAGGUGGAUGUUUGCGAUCGGUUUCAUGGUCAUCUCCAUUGCAGUUUUGCGGAUGAGCCACUAGAAACGGUGCCGUGUGAUGAUGUGAAGCGCCUGCACCUAUACAGUUAAGGAACCGAAAGGAAAUGCCGAAGAGACGAAGGAUGUCCCUCAUAUCAAUGCAGGUGAUAGGGGAGAAAAGUUAAAUAAA